GAAAUGUUUAUGCGGGUAUAGACCGAUAAUAGAAGAACUGAAUAAUAUGAAAAUAACCUAUGACCAGUUUGAAUUAAGAGUACCUAGAUUUUUUCGAAAUGAGAGACGAUCAUUUUUAAAUGAUAUGGACGAUAAAAUUGAUGAAAUAAAUAACCGUAUAGCGAUAGAAGAAAACAAUAACUUAUUAAGUGAAAUACAAAGCGAAAGUAUUGAAACAGAAGAUGUAAAGCUGUCUAGUACUAGUCAAGAAUCAUCAGAAUCUCAAUUUGAUGUAGACAAAUUUGUUUUUAAUAUUCAACCUGAAACAUUUCAAACAAUUACAAGUGAAGAUAAUUCAAGAGAAUUGGCUAUAAAAUUCAUUCAAAAACAUAUCAGAGCAGUAAAAGAUCGCGUAACAGUCAAUGAAUUAAUAUCUUCUCGAAUAACUAGAAAUAACAUAAUUUCUGGGAAAUAUAAACAGCCUAGUAAAGAAAAAGGUAGAGAAGCGGCAAUCAAGAUUCAACGAUAUUGGAGAUAUUAUCGAUUGAUGAUUCAAACUAAAGCUAGGAAACAAAGACGAAAUAUUCUACUUGGUAUGCAUAUAACUAGUGAAAAACUUAAUUUUAAUGUCAAUCGUGAACUUGAGGAUAUAAUUCAAAAACAACAAGCUGAAGCAGACUUAGAGUAUCGUAAAGUUAUUAUUAAAUUAGAAGAAAAUUUUGUCCAACGCAAUAAACAUGAAAUAAUAGAAGACAUUGAAGAUGAGCUUAGAGCGUACGUAUGGAAAUAUUUUGAAAUGUGUCACCAUUUACCGACAUGGCCAGAUUCGAAACCUAUCAUGUUCUCUGACGAUAAUAAUAAUAUUAUUGGAUUACCACCGAUAAUUUUAUCGCCAGCUAUCUUAAAAGAUUUAAAUAUACCCGAUAUACGUUAUAAGUCAGCAUUAAAACAGCGAUUACCGCUUGGAGGUUCAGCUAUUCUUCAAACAGGAAGGUGGAUGACUAUAGAAAUGGCUGAAAUACUUGCU